AUGGUUGGAGUGGGGUCUCGAUUUGUAUCGGAGGGUUCCACCUCUUCAUCCGCCGCUGGUGGCAAUGAGGAGUACGAUCCACGGAGCUUGUUCGAGAAGCUUCAGUCGCAGAAGGAGGCCAAAGAUGCCAAGUACGACGAGAUGUACAAGCUCUCCAACCAGUUCCGCGGCAUUGACGAGGGCGAGUCCGACUUUCUAGCGCACAUCAAGCACGAAAAGGCGCAGGAGGAGAGGGAGAAGCGACUGAGAGAGACGCAGGAGCUCGAAGCUUUUAGGAACGCUCAGGCGAAACCUCCUCUUCCACCACCCGUAGGCAUUGCAGACGAUAAGCAGAAGAAGACUCCAGAGGCGGUAAAGGACGACAAGGUGCCGGUCAAGAAGAAGAGGAAAAACGUCUCGGCCGCGGUAUUGGGUAUCAAGAGGAAGAAAUCCGCCCAGGUAGCGGCGACAGGCCCGGUGAAGGCAGACCAACCCGCCGCCGGCGAUGCCAAGAAGACGUGA